CCCCACAAACCAAAACACGAAAAAAAAAAUCCCCAAAACAAAACCCAGGAGAAGUAAGUAAUUUUUUUUUAAAAAAAAGAAAAAAGAAAAGAAAAACACGAAAAUGGUUUUUUUCUGUUUCCUGGUGGAUCAGAAGAGGAUGAUAAAGGACAGCAAGCCGGCGGCGGGGAUCUGCUCGAGAUGCGGAGGAUGCGGAGGCUGCGCGAGCGUCGCCGACAUGGAAACCGCUACGAGGUUCUGUUACGUGAAGGUGUAUCGGAAAUCUUGGAGGGCGAUUAUUUGCACAUUUUGUGGGGCCAUGCUCAAAUCCUACUACUCCGGUUAUUCCUAAAUAAUAGUCCAAUUUGGAUUCGUUGUAUAUCUGUUGUUUUUUCAAUUCUAUGAUUUUGUUUUUUUUUUUUUGGUGGUGGGUACUUUUUUGGGGGUGGAUAUUGUUAGUUGGGUGAGAAAAUAAUAAAACUAUGUGAAUGUAUACAUAAUUAUUAAUGUUACGAUGUGAAAUGUUAUAAUUCA